UAUCAAGUGGUGAACUAACAUCAUCAGUUUAACAACGUCCCUGGAGCCAUCCACCCCAUCCUACAGAUAAUGAAACAUCUUUUGAUAUCAUGUUGGUUUUGCGUUCUUGCAACAAUCCUGGCAUCAUCCUACGGUCAAGUACAACCCUAUGCAGAACGAUAUUGCGGAGCCAAAUUUGCUAACACAUUAUUUGCCCUUUGUACACAAAAAAUAAUCAAAAAGAUUCCAAUGGAUUACAGAGAUAAUUAUCCGGAUUAUUCUUUAAACGAAAACAACGAAUUGCCGGCCUAUUUCUCCUAUCCUAAGCGAACGAUGGAGUACCGGAUGCCCAUUGAACUAAGGAAAAGAGCGAAGGCGACCCGGGAGUGUUGUGUCAACGCUUGCACCAUGAAACAACUGCAAGAAUACUGUGUCAGUUACUUGGUGUAUAAAUAAAUUAAAUUUCCAUCUUACUAUUGUUAAUGUACCUAAUACAGUUUGGACUGUUGACAGUAUGAUUAUUGUGUACAAGUCUCUGGGUAUUUUCAUUAAAAAAUUGCAUAAUUUUUG